AUGGAUGAAAUCGAUACUACUGGUCUCGCAUCCCCCUCUAAAUCGAUGGCGUAUAUAUACGGCGAUACAGAUUUGUACCUCGAUUCUACAAAUACUUCUUCGACAACAUCUAGCCCGACAGAAUCACCGUAUAAUUUUACCUUCCAAGGGAUGUAUCCCAGUUCCGAGAAUACAGACGGGUCAGGAGAAACAACCCAGCCAGACUCACAACAGCCUCCUUCCAAGCCUGCAGCAAAGAGGAAGCGCGAGAAUAGAUACAAAAACGCACCGCCCUCUGUCCUAUCUCGUCGAAGAGCUCAGAAUCGCGCCUCCCAAAGAGCCUACCGAGAGAGGAAGGACCAGCGUAUCAAGGAUCUCGAAAUCUUACUUGGCGACGCCCAGAAAAAAAACGACGUCCUCAGCCUCGCCUACUCCAACUUACAAGCAGAAUAUCUCAGGCUCAAGCGCGAACGCGAACGCGAUCAAGAAGCAGCAGCAAGAUACACACAGACUGCCCUAGUAUACGAUCCAGCGAUAGACGCGACUUCAAACGAUAUGGAUUUAUUCCUCUACAGUGGUCCAUCAGGUUACUCCAUGUCAACCAGCGGGCAACCCGGAUUUCAGACGGACUAG